AUGAAGGGUCCCCUCAGCGAUGCCAAGGCUGCUCUCCGACGCACUCACCUUCGCCGUCUGCGUGAGAUGGCAAGCCAAGCCCCGGAGGCCCUGCGCGAGGAGUCAUCGCGUGUGUGUGCGCUGCUGUACGAACACGUUUGCGCUUUGAGGUCCUCUCAGGCGCCUUCAUCAUCGUCGCUGCUGUUGUGUGCGUACCUGCCGCUCUACUUUGAAGUAGAUUUGCAGCCGCUGCUGCAUCGCCUGUGGCGGGAGCCACGCGUGGAGGGCAUGCCGGAUGUUAACGUUUUCCUUCCGUUCGUGCUCACACCGUCCGCGGGGGCGGCGCGGUCCAACAGUAGCAUGCCCGCUUCGGUUCCACUCUGGCAGCAGCCACAGGAAACCGCCAUGGCGCGUCUGUCGAGCGCUAUGCUUUUUGUAGAGACGUUUGACCCCGAUGACCUGCUGAACUCCUUUGAACGACGUGGCCGCUACCAGCUGAUGGAGCUGAAGGACGAGGUCCUCCAGCAGUCAUUUUUUAACAGCACUGACACUAAGUGCUGCGAAACCGCAACGCCUCCUCGCCGUUGUAUCGCGUGUGAUGAUUGGCGUACCUUGUUUCCAGGGUGUGAGAAGCCUGCUGGAUUGGUGGAGGUGCAGCAACUCUCCCCAGAUAAGGAGGAGCCCAAGCGUGUGGUGGUCGUUUUGGCUCCAGGCGUCCUGUUCGAUCGCGCUGGUGGGCGGCUGGGCAAGGGGGGCGGAUACUACGACAGAUUUCUACAGCACAUGCGUGAGACUGCAGCAGAGUCAGUAGUAGCGUGGGGUAUCGGCAGGGAAACGCAGCUGUUGUCGGUGGACGAUGCGCAGCUUCCUCUCCACGCGCACAACCCGCUGGAGAAGGGCCCUUACGACGCCACGAUGGACAGUGUGGUCACACCUUCUGGAUUUGUGCAUUGCAUGCCGCAGAAGGUGCCCGCUUCUGUAGGAUUGACUUAG